CAGUCGUGGUGCAAGCAGCCAUGUUGCAGCGAGCUUGUUCCGGUAUCAGGACAGGAUCGUGCGCAUAGACCACGAUCGGGAGCAGCUUCUCGACUUCUCUCUCCCCCCUCCCACCCCCCCCGCUGUCGCCCGUGACUCGCGCCUCCUUAACGAGAACCACCCCGGCACACCGAUAAUGGAUUUUACAAACGUGACGAUUCCUCCCUCGGUCGGCCGGUUCCGGUGAUCGCAGCAGUCGCAGUACAGGCAGGGCGAGCUGGUGUGUCGCCUCACUGCAGUGCAGCGCUGUUCAACGACCGUAUUCCGAUCACGCAACGCCAGGAAGAGCGCCGGUGAUUUUCGUGGAUUUAGAGUUUCGGCUCUGUGGCAGUGCCCGCCGCUGCGGCCGCAGGAAGAUAGGCUAACUAGCUAGCUUUGCUUCGAAGGAAACACCGAUUUAAGCUAGCUACAUGGGCUAACGUUGGCCAGCCCGUUAACGAGCGCAACAGAUUGAAUUCGCGUUUCUCACCUGCGAUGUGACUGUUUUACAUGGUGCUGCAUUUUUUGGGGGGGGAUACCACACCUGGAUAUUUCACUGUGGGCAUUUUGAAUUGUUUUGCGUGAGUUGGGGAAGGUCAAGACAUCUCCAGGAAUAACUUUGGCCUGAUAGUUUGUGGAUCCCGGACUUGAUUUCAGUCCCGAAAGGAAGCGUCUCUGCUAGGAAAAAAGGAGUCGACACCUGGUUAUGAAAUCUACUCCCGAUCGACACUCGGUGUAGAUUUCGGCGACAGUUAGCUCUUCUUCCUCGGACGUUAGUUAGCAGCCUCACGGGUUAGCUAACUAGCCACCUGAUCGAAGCUUGUCGGUUCUAUACAACCGUUGCCCCAACUUUUCUUCAAGCUAGCCCGAGUAGCUAGCAGGUGAAGACGACAGAUCGCCGGGCUGCUAGCUCGCUGGUCGCCGUCGACGCUGGUAAAUUCUGAGUGAAAACUAAAUUUCACAGUUUCACACAGCGGCCGAAGUUAAAGGAGUCACUUUGCUUUUCCCUCUUUGCACUUGUUGACAAACAUGGGACGUGCGGUUGCUGCUAGCUAGUUUCUAGCUAGCUAACUCGGCUAGCGGCUGAUGUGGGAUUCAACUUGUUGAUUCACGGGCUAUCUGUCGUGCAGCUAGCUGGCUAGCACUGGACAUCUGUUGGAAUUCUUUUUUCUCUACUAUCAGCUGGACAGCUUUUAAAUGCACAAUAGACUGUGACGAAUCGUUUCGCUUCACUGUUCCCUUUUUUUGGCAACUUCCAGUCCAUCAAAAAUGUCAACAAGGACCCCACUGGUGCAAGUCAUUGAGAACUCCACCGCACAGGAGACCAAGUCAUCUGGUCGCUCCAGCAUGCCGCGAUGUCGGAACUCCGUCCCCACGACCACAUCAGAUGACCAGCCACACAUCGGUAACUAUCGGUUGCUAAAAACCAUCGGCAAAGGCAACUUCGCCAAGGUCAAACUGGCACGACACGUCCUCACCGGAAAAGAGGUGGCUGUAAAGAUCAUUGAUAAGACACAGCUCAACUCCUCGAGUUUGCAGAAGCUCUUCCGGGAGGUCAGAAUCAUGAAGAUGUUGAAUCACCCCAACAUAGUCAAGCUCUUUGAGGUUAUAGAGACCGAGAAGACUUUGUACCUGGUAAUGGAGUACGCCAGUGGAGGAGAAGUCUUUGAUUACUUGGUGGCCCAUGGCAGGAUGAAGGAGAAAGAAGCCCGUGCCAAAUUCAGACAGAUUGUGUCAGCGGUGCAGUAUUGCCAUCAGAAGUGUAUAGUACACAGAGACCUCAAGGCGGAGAACCUGCUGCUGGACGCAGACAUGAACAUCAAGAUAGCAGACUUUGGCUUCAGUAACGAGUUCACUCUGGGGAACAAGCUCGACACGUUCUGCGGCUCUCCGCCCUACGCCGCCCCGGAGCUCUUCCAGGGAAAGAAGUACGACGGGCCCGAGGUGGACGUUUGGAGCCUGGGCGUGAUCCUCUACACGCUGGUCAGCGGCUCGCUGCCCUUUGAUGGACAGAACCUCAAGGAACUGAGAGAGCGCGUGCUGCGUGGCAAGUACAGGAUUCCCUUCUACAUGUCCACCGACUGUGAGAACUUGCUCAAAAAGUUCCUCAUUCUGAACCCUUCCAAAAGAGGCAGCCUGGAGCAGAUAAUGCGGGACCGGUGGAUGAACGUGGGCCACGAGGAGGAAGAACUCAAACCCUACAUCGAACCCCAGCCCGAUUACAAAGACCCCAGGAGGACAGACAUCAUGCUGACGAUGGGAUUCUCUCAGGAGGAGAUCCAGGACUCACUGGUGAACCAGAAGUACAAUGAUGUGAUGGCUGCAUACCUGCUACUGGAUUAUAGGAACUCUGAGCUGGAUGAAAGCGGCAUCAAGCCCCGGCCAGGAACUGAUGUAAGCAACUCAAACGCCCCUUCCCUCCCUCACAAGGUGCAGCGCAGUGUGUCGUCCAACCAGAAGCCUCAGAACCGCAGAACCACCGACCACGGCUCCUCCUACUCUAAGAGGGGGGAACGAACAGACCGGACUGCAGGAGAGGAUACCGGAAGGAAAGGUUCAUCGGGCAGCUCCACUACCAAGGUGUCGGCCAGUCCUCUGGUACCCACUGACCGCAAGAAGAGCGCCACGCCCUCCACCAAUAGCAUCCUGUCCACCGGUACCAGUCGCAGUCGGAACUCUCCUCUGACUGAGAGAGCCACGUUGGGCCAGGGCAUCCAGAACGGAAAAGACAGCCUAAACAUGCCGGGCUCCCGCGCCUCUACUGCCUCGGCCGCUGCCGUCCUCUCCUCCUCCUCCUCCUCCUCAUCCUCGCGUCCCCGCCACAACAAGUCCAUGUCCUCCUCCAAUCAUCCAUGCCCCUCUGACCUGCACGCACCACGGCCCAGUGGCCCAGCUCAGCGGGCGCCCGGCGCUUCCCCAUCUGCCCACAACAUCAGCAGCGCUGCCGCGUCGGACCGUACCAACUUCUCCCGAGGGGUGGGCAUCCGCAGCACAUUCCACGCGGGCCAGCAGCGUGGCGCCCGGGACCAGCAGGGCUCCGCCUACCCCGGCGGGCCCGCGUCCCCGUCGCUGUCCCAUGGCAACAGCCAGGCCCGGAGGACGCACGGCGCCACGGGGAUCUUCAGCAAGUUCACGUCCAAGUUCGUACGCAGAAAUCUCUCGUUCAGGUUUCCGAGAAGGAGUCCGUAUGAGGGAGAGGGUCGGGAUGAGGGCAGCAGGUCUAUGCUGAGCAGCACGGUGGACAAGUCGGAGAAGACGUCAGGCGGCGUUCUCUCCUCCACCAACAAUGACGAGAACAACUCCUCCCCAGGAUCUGUCAACACGGGCGGCACCGGCACCCCUCCGGCCAUCGGCGGCCAGAAGGACCCGGCCAAGCCGCGCUCCCUCCGCUUCACCUGGUCCAUGAAGACCACGUCGUCCAUGGAGCCCACGGAGAUGAUGGGCGAGAUCCGCAAGGUGCUCGACUCCAACAGCUGCGAGUACGAGAUGCGCGAGCGCUACAUGCUGCUGUGCGUGUCGGGCAACCCGGGCCGCGACGACUUCGUCCAGUGGGAGAUGGAGGUGUGCAAGCUGCCGCGGCUCUCCCUCAACGGCGUGCGCUUCAAGCGCAUCUCGGGCACGUCCAUCGCCUUCAAGAACAUUGCCUCGAAGAUCGCCAACGAGCUCAAACUGUGAGCCGCAGCGGAGCGAUGAGAUUAGAGGGGAUGAUGAUGCUGUAAGCGAGGUGGAGGAGGGAGGGGUUUCUGGAGGGGGGCGGAAGGGGGGGGGGGGGCAGGAGGUGAGCUAAAGGGUGGGGUCACUUUAAACAUAAAACGGUUGUUGUCUGGACAAAGGUCUGAAGUAGGGCUUCUUUUCUAUGAGUUUUGUUCCUUAAGUUCUCGAGGCCCUGCCGUUAGUUGUGAAGUUCUUCUUCUCUCUUCCCUGCUGCUUCAUUUCAGUCCUUUUUUCAUUUUUUUUUUUUUGUCCCGUUCUGCAUGUUUGAUCUGCUCUCUGUGUUCCAUAGUAGUCCCACUUUGAUCGCUCCGACCACUCCUGUCACUUCUUCCUGCUAUUUAUUCAGUUUUCCUGAACCUUUCUGCUGCCAGGUCGUUUUUUUGGGGGGGGUGGAGGGGGAACAGGGUAAAAAAGUGGAGGAUGAAUGGCUGGAAAAGAUGUGGCAAAGACUGACGGAGAGUUCGGAGCCUCGUUUUGCUGGAAACCUGAUUUGUUUUGAUUCUCCCCCAAAACUUGAUGGACUCAAACAGAGCCGGGACUUUGGCUGCUGAAGCCCACUGUCUCUCUCUCUGACACACACACACCGACUUUGGAUGCAGAUGGACUUUUGACUGCUGCCGUCGGUUAAAGGACCCUCUCCUCUCCACCCCCCCCCCCCCUGCACAAUAAUGAACUUUAAAAAAAAUCCCCCUGUCCCACCUCCUCCCUCCCCCGUCCCCUCACACACUGUCUCCACGAGCUCUCUCCAUCUAGUUUCUAGCUCAGCACAAACACAUCCAUCUCGUUUUGCCUCGUCACUCACUCCUUCUUCUUCCUCUCCUCCCUUUGCCGACAAGUGUGAGGACUCCAGUCAGACUUGACGACGUCCUCGAUUGUCUUUGAGUCAGUACUUUUUAAAGUUUCUUUCUUUUAUGGCUUUUAAAAGAAUUGUGCACUGGAAAAGAGGGGCCUAUGGGAAACUGGGGCGGGAAGGACAGCCCGUGGACGGAGGCUGUCGAUGGAUUUUAUGUUGCCUUUUCAUUGUAGAAUUCAAUUUUGAGUUUGAUUUUUGUUGUCAUCACAUAAAUGCUUGAAUCAUUUAUUUGUACCUUAAUGUCGGUGUCACAUCGGUUGGCAUCACGCCUUCAUAUCCAGAAUGUCAACCCUGAACCGACGCUACUUGUACGCCCCCCCCCCCAUCACACACAUCUGCGCUUUACUACUCAUGCGUUCGCUCUUUAGAGCAAACGCACAAAAAAAGGUGUCUUUAGAGUACGUAACAGUGUGUGUGUGUAUUAUUAAAGAUCACUGGAGGGGAAAGCAACUACAACAAAAAAGAAUCAACGGUGAAUUAUUUUCUUCUACUUUUGAUUUGGUAAUAUAUUUUUUGUGUUGGAAAUUUGGGGUUUGUACAGAUUUGGAUUCUUCAGGGCGGGAAGGGGAGUAAGCGGUGUGAAGGGUCACGUCGGAUCAUAUCAUUGCUGCCUUUUCAGUGUAGUGCACCUUUUUAACACACACCUCCAUAGCGUAUCGGAUUAAACACCACCCGCCCCCCCCCCCGGCCCCACACGUGCAGGCAUCAUUGUAUUUAACGAUGAUGGUGGUGGCGACUACUGCUCGUUCUGAUGUGUUCUUUCCUUAUCGGCACAGAAAGCAGGAAAGACUUGUUGGCCAAAGCGUCGUCGUAUCAGAGCACAUGUUCACGUUCUAAACCACCAACCAGAAGACGUCCCUUCCUUCGUCAGGGCAGAUGGAAAACACACGGCAUGGGAGGGGGGGGCUGCUGAGCAAAGGGCCGACUGCGAUAAUGCUGGUUGUCCCCAACUUCUUUUCUCUCACAAUGACACACUUUUUAUUUUUAGUCUUUUUUUUUUUCUUUAAAAGUUGAUCAUGUAUUAAGGUGCUGGGUAUUGGAUUCUAAUUAUUAUUCUGGCUGUCAUAUUAUCUCUUUCAGGGUUGAUUUUAUUUACAUUCUUUCGUUUUACAUUGAUUUAAAAUGUGUUUUGAGCAAACUGUAACUGUAGUGGUGGGUUUGGGGUUGGGAGGAGUGAUCAGCUCCUGCAAAAUGUAUUAUGUUUGUUUUUUUGUGCAAAGACAAAAUGAUGAAAAAUUACAACGAUAGUAAUAAAAAGAAUGAUAUAA